GAAGCAUAUUGCCUUGGCUUGGGCCGAAAGACAGCUGAAGAGAAAACAUACAUAUUAUAAACCCCAUCCCAACCCAAAGCUAGGCACCUGCUCCGUUCUUCAACUCCCGAUCUCCGUUCAGGUUGACAGUGAAUCCCGGCAAGCAAGUCCGUUUUUCAGUUUUAGCCCUAAUCUUCACCAGAGAAAAAAAAAUGUCACGAAGGUAUGAUAGCCGCACAACUAUCUUCUCCCCAGAAGGUCGUCUCUAUCAGGUCGAGUAUGCAAUGGAAGCCAUUGGAAAUGCGGGUAGUGCAAUUGGAAUCUUGUCUAAAGAUGGGGUUGUGCUGGUAGGUGAAAAGAAAGUCACAUCAAAGCUUCUUCAAACAUCAACAUCCACUGAAAAGAUGUACAAGAUUGAUGACCACGUAGCAUGUGCUGUGGCUGGAAUAAUGUCUGAUGCCAACAUCCUAAUUAACACGGCCAGGGUUCAAGCUCAGCGCUAUACUUACGCUUACCAAGAACCAAUGCCUGUGGAACAGUUGGUUCAGUCUCUAUGUGACACCAAGCAGGGGUACACACAAUUUGGUGGUCUCCGUCCAUUUGGUGUUUCGUUUCUGUUUGCAGGCUGGGAUAAAAACUAUGGUUUCCAGCUCUACAUGAGUGACCCAAGUGGAAAUUAUGGUGGUUGGAAAGCAGCAGCAAUCGGAGCGAACAACCAGGCAGCACAAUCGAUGCUGAAGCAGGACUACAAGGAUGAUAUCACUAGAGAGGAGGCAGUUCAACUUGCACUUAAGGUGCUCAGUAAGACUAUGGAUAGCACUAGUCUCACUUCAGAGAAGCUUGAGCUUGCAGAGGUAUUCAGCGUGGAUGGAAAAGUCAAGUACCAGGUCUACUCACCAGAAGCACUUAAUAAAUUGCUAGUCAAGUCUGGAUUAACCCAACCUGCUCCAGAGGCCUCUUAAGAUAUUGUACUUUCCUUUGUACUUGCUUAUGUGGUAACUGGUGCCCUGUUGCAGUAUUUGGUAUUUUGUUCUCGUUAAGUACAUUGAUUCUUGCUGAUAUAAGCUUUUUUACUCAUGAUCCAAGAACUUCGGUGCGUUUGUUCCGUCUCUGAUUUAUUACCUUCAUCACUGUAUUUUGUCUCUGUCGCUAACUUCAGACUAUUCUAUAUCUGAACUGAGCAGAAGCAGCUCCCGUCCAUUGGAGGUCUGCCUGGA